AUGGUCGAGGACCGGACUGGCAUCGUCUGCUCCCAGUACAUCGAGGCCAUGCUCGACACCAGAUUCACCGCCCCUGUGACAGACGCUAUCGUCGACAUCUACGCCGAGUCUGCGCCGCGCAAGCCAGUGCUGUACCUCCUCACCGCUGGCAGCGACCCCACGCUUUCCAUCGACGAGCUUGCGAAGAAGAGGAAGAAAUUUCCUACGGAUAAGGUCUCCAUGGGUGAAGGCCAGGAGAAGGUCGCGCGGGAGAAGAACAACAACGCCUUCCUCACAGGCGGUUGGGUGAUCCUGCAGAACUCUCAUCUGGGCAUCGGCUACAUGAACGAGCUGGAGGACGUGCUGCUGAAGACGCCCGAGAUCGACGACGGUUUCCGCUUGUGGAUCACCUGCGAGAUCACACCAAGGUUUCCCAUCGGCCUUCUUCAGAUCGCCCUCAAGGUGACGCUGGAACCGCCUGCUGGGCUCAAGGCAGGCCUGUACCGCACGUACACGACGAUGGUCACCCAGGAGCUGGUCGACAAGAUCGACCACGAGAAGUGGCGGACCCUCGUGUACGUCCAGUCCUUCCUGCACAGCGUCGUGCAGGAACGCCGCAAGUUCGGCCCUAUCGGCUGGUGCAUUCCGUACGAGUACAACAACUCCGACCUGGAUGCUUGCCUGCUGUUCCUCGAAAAGCACAUGUCUACUUCGGUGAUGGUCGGACAGCCGCUGUCGUGGAUCACGAUCCAGUACAUGGUUGCGGAGGCGCAGUACGGAGGCAGAAUCACAGACGAUUUGGACCGCGAGCUCUUCAACACUUACACGCAGAAGUGGUUCUGCGACGAGAUCUUCAAGCCCUCGUUCACCUUCAACAACUACCAGUCGGAGACCCGGGACGAUGUCAUAUCCUCAGAGUAA